AUGCCCACGAUUGAGCUGGACACCAACUUGCCGUUCAAUCGCGUGCCCGUGGGUCUGGAGAAGCGGCUCUGCGCGACCGCUGCCACCAUUCUGGGCAAACCUGAGAACCGUGUGAAYGUGACGGUGCGAGCCGGUCUUACCAUGGCGCUGUGUGGAUCUACAGAGCCCUGUGCCCAGCUGAUUGUCUCCUCCAUUGGCGUGGUGGGCACUGCAGAGGAGAACCGCGGCCACAGCGCCAGUUUCUUCGAGUUCCUUACCAAGGAGCUGGCCCUAGGCCAGGACAGGAUAAUUAUCCGCUUUUACCCCUUGGAGCCCUGGCAAAUUGGCAAGGAUGGGACAGUUGUGACAUUUUUAUGA